AUGUUCCCUCAUAUUGAAAUAAUCCAUUCUAAAGAAUCGCCUAUCCGGAAUCCUGUAAUUGUGAAAGUCGAAUCGAAUGGAUUACGACUGCAUUUCGAUGGUUCAGAUCAAAGUUUGCGUCUAAUAGAGGUUUUAGACUGGUCCUUAUCUACACGAGUAGCUUACAAAGGGACUGAACUUGCAAAAGAUGGUGUUCUGACUUUUAAGCAGAUCUACAGUAAAGUGUUUGGCCCAACGUAUCCGGGAUGGUUUGAUAGAGAUAGCUCGAGAUAUAUUCUGAGCUAUCCGGGUGUCGCAUUUUCUUUUGUGGUACCAGAAUCAAUAUCAGAGGAUAGUAUAGUGAAAUAUCUUUCAGGAGCAACGCCAAAUAAUUCUAGGGACCUUCGAGGAGCUUGCCUUUCUAUGGCAAUUUUUAAGGGUCAUAGUUGGCAAGUGGCACAGAGUCAGAUUUUUAAACCGCGUCCACUUCUACUGGGCAAGAGCAUUCUGGGAAACGGUGAGAAUGGCUCAUUCGAUAAUGAACCUGAAGUCGCACCUAACUCGUUAUCAGAAAGUUCCGCUUCACAAAUUAUGAUUGAUCAUUUACAAAUUCGGCAUACAUCAGGAGAUUGUUUAGUUAUUUUCAGCCAUCAUCCGCAUGGUAUAAAAGAUUUUGAUAUCAAACUAAACUCUACGGAUAUGCAAAGUGCAAUAAUGACCUUGGGACCACCCUCUGAAAGAAUAUUUAAACAGGACAGCCGCUUAUCGAUUCACAAUCCAGAUAUUAGUUUUGACGAAGAUGACAUUGUUGGAACUACUGGAACAAAUAACAGAAGAAGGGUUCUCUCGGAACUCUCAUCGCGAGCUAAUACUGAUCUCUUUUUCAAUUACUUUGAACUAGGAUUCGACCUUUGUUUUGAUACAAGCCUCCCCAACCCUACUGUGAAGAAGAUUAUCAUACAUGGAAAUGUCCCUUCGAGUCUAUCCUUCCAAGUGUAUAACCGGUGCAGGUGGCUAUUGUUCCCGCCGUCUAACCGGAAUGGAAACAGCUCACAGGGCUCUCCACUCCCCCCAGUAAGCUCCGAAACACCUUUUACUGAAUUCUAUAACCAAUUUGUUCCCGAGGGAACAAACACUCCACCGAUGUCAAUGAUGCUCAACCGCACGAUUGAGUCACCUGGCAGCAGUGUGGAGCUCGUUGGUGAGGAUGAUAUAAACCAUUCUGCGGCGGACGAGGACGACUGGGGAGCCACUCAACUCUAUGGUUGUCCCCGAUGUAUUUUCGAGGUUUUAAAAAACGGAGCAGUCUCCUCCUUAACUAUAUUUUAG